UCCUGUAUAUAACCAAAUACGUUGUAUUUAACAAUGGCAGCAUUUGUUGUGAAAAUAUCCAGUUUCAACGUUUAUAUUUGACUAAAUUCUUACCAGACUUGCUAGCUUGCGUUAGCUUGAGUUAGCUGUUAUCAUCAUCGGGUUGCUAGCAAGACCGAUGAGCUCUUGGUGAACACUCAAGUGUUUAGCAGUCCCAUACUUAGGAGUAACGCUAGCUAGCUUGUAGACCUGCCGCCGCUUUCAGUGCUUCAAACAUGGACCAAGACAACAAUUCAGAGGAUGAGUCAGUGGGGCCAUCAGAGGAGGAACUUCCAUGCCUACCUCCAGGGCUCUCCGAUGGUGAGGCAAUGGAGCUGCUUUGGCAGUUGCGAUCUCAGCGUCGCCAGUCAUCUCCUGAGCUCCCAGAGACUGUGACCCGCCUUACUGCCCCUGAUGGCAGCCUCCUAUACCUGGUGGGCACAGCACACUUCAGUGACAGCAGCAAAAAGGAUGUGGCCACGACGAUCCGUGCUGUGCAGCCAGACGUGGUGGUGGUGGAGCUGUGCCAAUACAGGGUGUCUAUGUUGAAGAUGGACGAGAAUACACUGCUGAAGGAAGCCAAAGACAUCAACCUUGACAAGGUUCAGCAUGCCAUCAAACAGAAUGGGCUGAUGUCUGGCCUGAUGCAGAUUCUCUUGCUCAAAGUUUCAGCUCACAUCACAGAGCAACUGGGCAUGGCUCCUGGGGGAGAGUUUAGGGAGGCCUUCAAGGAGGCGGGACGGGUGCCGUUCUGUAAAUUUCACCUUGGGGACAGGCCGAUCCCUGUGACGUUCAAGAGAGCUAUUGCUGCUCUCAGUCUGUGGCAGAAGGCCCGCCUAGCCUGGGGUCUUUGUUUUCUGUCAGACCCAAUCAGUAAAGAGGACGUAGAGAAGUGCAAACAGAAGGACCUGCUGGAACAGACCAUGUCAGAGAUGAUCGGCGAGUUUCCUGCUCUCCACCAGACCAUCGUUGCUGAAAGAGACAUCUACCUCACACACACGCUCCGCCAGGCUACACGCUGUGUAGAGGCUCCCCCUAAUGCCCACAAAGUGCCUGCUGUGGUGGUGGGAGUCGUAGGGAUGGGUCAUGUUCCUGGGAUAGAAAGAAACUGGGAGAAGCAGCUUAACAUUAAUGAAAUCAUGAGUGUUGCACCUCCCUCACGUUUUGGCUGGGUGUUGCGCACAGUCAUGAAAGGCGUCAUGAUGGGAAUGCUGGGAUAUGCCUGCUACCGUGCUGGAGGGAGUCUAGGUAGAGCCCUACUGUCCUUACCUGCUGUCCAAUCAGUACUGGAGACUCUGCGGCCACCCCCUGCUUGACCCCACUGGUCUUCUCUAAGCCAUCAGUGACACGACCUUUGAUUUAUGAAAACAAUGCAUCUAUCACCAGUGGCCUUAAAAACAGGAAGUGAGGCUGGAUGAAAUGGUUCACCAGCCCGGAUGAUGAACUAACAAGGACCUCGCGGGGGUUUAGAUCAUCCCACCUCGCAUUGAUGUCCCUGUAGACACAGCAGGGCUGUACUGCCAAAGAAACCAUGACAGUACUCUUUGUUUUCUUUCAUAUUUUUUGUGCAAAUCCUGCAUUUUGUAAGGUUUACAAAUGCCAAUAAUUCCUUUUGAAUAGAUCUAGUACAUUUUCCCCACCAUUCCUUUUAAUAACUUACACACAGAGAUUUUAUUUGACAGGUAACAUCAGCAGCUAUUCUCUGUCACCUGCCCUGAUGUGACUGAGCCACUUUGUGAGAGGCACAUUUUUCUAAAGCUGUCUCUUUAUUCCUUCCAUCUUUCAUGUGCCAGCCAGCUUUUUUUUUUUGGUAAUUGGCACAUUUCAAGUCCAGCACUUUAGAAGAGACUGGUGGACUCUUGUACUGUGCAUGCAGUCUAUGGAAGGGACAAGAAAGUAAAAUUACAAGUCAGUUAGAACGGCAAUACACAAAUUGGAGAAAUAUAAUUUAGGAAGUCUAUAAAAACCUUGUGUUUUUAGAAGUGGUGCAUAGAGUGACUCGAUGUAAAUGUCAAAAAAUUUCUGAAUUGCAAAGGUUGACCAUCAUUUUAUUAAUUGUUAAAACAUCUACUGCUUAAAAUGCAUAUUCUUCAAAACUCAUAUACAGGAUUAACAUAAGACAAAAUUUACUUAUUCCAUAUGUGCAUGGUACAUCAAUGGACAAGUGCCUCAUAUUGCAGUUGUAAGGGCUAAUGGUUAACUAAAUGGAACGGCAAAAAUGUGUGUUAUAUGCAUCUUAAAGAUACUACAACCAAAUGGUCAAUGCAACUUUGUAAGAAUCUGUCCUUUUAUUAAUAUGAGAUACCAUAGACACAUUUUAUAAAGGAUGUUGCCCUAAAUAUAGACACUUGUCUACAUUUGUGUUGUGUUAGUUUUCAGUUGAAAUGCCACAAUGGUCCCUACAUUUUAUAGUCACUCAUAUAUUCAACAGAGACCUGACACAGGACAAACUUAAAUGUGCCUCAGGAUGAGAAACGUAUCAGUUAUGUGAUUUGUAUAUUUGAUUGUACCUCCAAUAUGAGGCACCUUCAUCUUUAGACUUUAACUGGCUCCAUCUCUGAGUAAAGGUUUCAUACUUGACACACAAUUAUGCAUCAUACACAGAAAGCUAUCACUAAAAACCUUCAAAUGAGAACAUCUGACAGUCAGCACACCAGCUGUUUGUACUUUUAUGAUAUAUGCAUUAUCACUUCCCAGUCUGAUUGCUAAAUGGCAACAGAGAUUGAUCGAACAGAGGAAAUUGGUUCUCAUGAUUUCUCAUGAGGGGUAAUUAGUUAUUGACUUGUUUUGACCACCAGGAAGGAAACUGACUAUUAAGGUUGGUCAGAAUUGGGAGGUAAAGCCUUACAUUGCUGUCACUGCUGCCUUUGACCCUGAGAUCGCCUCUUUUGCCGAGGCUUGUUAUUACCAACAAUGACCUGGAUCCACAGUACAGAGCUUCUUAUUGCACGUGUAAAAAGCAGCGAGAUGACGACCCUGGAACUUACAUGGGAGAUGUCCCACUAAGUUCAACAGGCUAAAAAAAAUAAUUAUGUAGUUGCGAGGCGAUAAACCAACAUUGAUUUCCAGGUUCUCCCAAUAUUAAUUUUAAGUCAUUUUUUUGUACAGUACUUUAUUUAGAUGCAUUUAUAAGAUUAUUGAAAUGAUCCACUGAGUAAACAUGGGACUUGAGUGAUUGAAGCAGUGCCAUUUCAUCUUGGCAAACUAUCCACACAUUAAACUAACUCAGAUAAUCCGUCUUCCAACUCAUAAAUUCAUUUUCUUAAUAUAUAAGAAUAGUGAAAACGCGGAGUACAGAUGUAGUCAAGCCUCUCAGUCCCUCAGCAGUAUAAUGCAGUCAAAUUCAAAGCUGUCUGUCUCCCUCCUACAGUUGAAUUUGCUCUACAUUUGAGAAUUGCCAAGAAAACUUUGUGAAUGCCUGUAACUUCUUGUAAGAUUUGUUUCCCCAUACCCUUGUGUUGUAUUGUCACUGUUACAAACCAAAUUGUCAUGAAUUAUAAAAGCAUUUUAAUUAAAGAUAAACUAUA